AUGAAUUGUAGAAUUUUGGUUGAUAAUGUUGGUGGAUGGACUGGCAUUACAGUUAAUGGUAAAAUGAGCAUCAGACAGCUCUACACUCAGAUCAGACCACAAGUUGAGAAAGUGACUUGGAAGAGAAUAAUUUGCAAUAACAGGGCUUUUGCUAAGAGUGUGUUUAUCACUUGGUUGGCUAUUUGGAACAGAUUAGUCACUAAAGAUAGACUUACUACUUUGAAAAUAACUUGUGAUCCUUUGUGCUUCUUUUGUGCUAGUACUGCAGAAAGUGUUUCUCAUUUGUUUUUUGAAUGUUCAUAUUCUGCUAGUAUUUGGAACAAAAUUUUACAACUUCUUGGGUUCUGUAGAAUUGGGCAGAGAUUUGACUCUGAAGUCCUUUGGGUGCUGCAACAAGGUAGAAGAGCUACUGCUAAAGGAAGGUUGCUGCUUAUGUGUUUUGCAGAGACUAUUCAUUGCAUCUGGAUACAGAGAAAUACUUUGAUGUUCACUGGAGACUACAAGCCUGCAGAUAUUGCUUUUAGGGAAGUUAUUUUUUCUGUUGCUUGUAGAUGCAUUGAUUCUGAUAGAAAAUAUUUGUAUGUUUAG